CCGAGACCGCGGAAACGUAUUCAGACCAGGCCAGACUCGCUGGAAAUAGCGAGGCAAGCCGCGAACAGCAGCAGCGCACCACCGCCUCCGGUCCCUACCCAGCCGCCGAUGCCGCCACGCGCCGCCGCCGGCGAUCUCAGCUGAGCAUGGCGGCCGCCCCCGCGGGCCCCCAGAACCGCUGCGUCUUCGUUGGGAACAUUCCAUACGAUGCGACAGAGGAGCUGCUCGUGCAGAUAUGCGAGGAAGUCGGGCCCGUGGUCUCCUUCAGACUGGUUGUUGAUAAGGAAACUGGAAAGCCGAAAGGUUAUGGAUUUUGUGAAUACAAGGAUGAAGAGACAGCUCUAAGUGCACGCCGGAACCUUCAGGGUCAUGAUGUUAAUGGUCGUCAGUUACGUGUUGAUUUUGCUGAAAAUGGGAGGAACACUGACAGAAAUAGAGAAAAGGGUCGUGGAGGACCAGGAAUGUCAUCUACUGUUGAUGCUCAGAAACAAUUAACCACAACUCCCGCUGUAGGGGACACCAGCCUUCAUCAGCUUAUUGGUCUUCCACCGGCAAUACAUGCUGCAUCUGUGAUGGCUGGCGUUCUUGGGGGAGCUCAAACUGCAAAUGUACAAAAUGGUUUACCUGUCCAAUUUGGGCUUGGAAAUGACCCUCUUACCCAUUACUUGGCCAGGAUGUCAAGGCAUCAGUUGUAUGAAAUCAUGUCUGAGUUGAAGACCCUAACUACUCAAAAUAACGACCUUGCCAAAAAACUGCUGCAAGGAAUUCCACAGCUUCCAAAGGCCCUAUUUCAGGCACAGAUAAUGCUCGGGCUGGUGACACCUCAGAUGAUGCAGAUGGCUAAGAGCCAACAGCCUUCUAGUUCGUUGGCACAAUCUUCUCACCUCAAUGAAUCAUUUCCGCAGCCAGAUGAUGUGUUACCAAUUGUUCAUAAACCUCCACCAAACCCUAAUGUCAUGCAGGAACAAACUGCACUGCUGCAUAACUUUCCUCAGUAUCAGCAUUCAUCUCAGCCCCCAGUCAAAAUGUUUCCGCAUGGACAUCAGUCUGGGGUGCUGGCACACCCUCCAAUGCUACCUCAGCCCUUCGGCACCUCUUCCAGUGUUCCUACUCAACCCCUUGUAACCUCAGGAGGCUUGAUAUCACAAGUUCAGCCUUCAUUUUUGACACAGCACCCUAGACCACCAGUUAUGCCAACUAAUGUACAGCAACUACCCUUGACCAAUCCUCAUCUCCCCCAGGUUGCUGCUGAACCUGAGAUAUUUCCGAAGGAAAUAAGAUUGCCUGAUCGAGCUAGUCAUCAGGCAGAGUUAGACCAUCCAUCGAAACUGAGAAAAUUGGAGGACGGAACAUUGACGCCAGGAAUUGUAAACAAUAGUCCUGCUAUUUAUACUGCUCCAUCGCAGGUCAUCCCUACUGGACCAUCAGGGAGCUAUAGUUCUGGUGCUGUUAACUUUCAGCAACCAGAGAAUGAAGCGCCUCAGCUCACACAGGACGACGAGUCAGCCCUUCUGCAGCAAGUCUUACAACUGACACCUGAGCAGCUGAGUUCAUUGCCAGUGGAGCAGCAGCAGCAGGUGAUACAGCUUCAGAAGAUGCUAUCAGCUGGUAAAUAGCGGCAUAACACCAGCUGAGUAAGCACAGCGAAAUUGUUAACCUACAUAGUCAAACAUUGAAGAAGGCUCGUCUAGCCACACACACACACACGUAACUUCUCAACUUUGUUGGUAUCUCUGGGCCAUCAGUUUUGCUCCUGAUGAUUGAUUUAUUUGGCAUUCUUUGUAAAGUUGAGGUAAAAAUGUGGUGGCAAAAGAAUUGUGAAGAAAGAUGAUAAUUGUCCAUUAGUUCUGUAACAUUUUAGAAAACAAUAAUCUUAUGAAGAGAGGGAGUUGUAUUUGUGUUCCAGAAUUGUUUGCAGAAUCAGAUUUUUGUUAUGUCUGUUUAUUUCCGACGAUCUGAAAGCUAUUACUGAAGGCACCGGUUGUAUGCAUGACAAAUUUGUUA